UUAACGCAAGCGGCGACAUUUGUGAUCGUUUGAUGAUGUCCACACGGACUGGACAAACAGAAACUCGUGUGUUAAAACAACAACAAUACAAUUCUCACGGCUGAGUACAAUUUGAGCUUCUCCGUGCAGAAGUGAAAUCUGGACUACCAAUGUUCAGCCCACCCAGUGUGGAGAAACGGGUGCAGUAGGUCUGCUGCUGGAGCCUAAACAUGGUGAGGUUGGAGCUGGACCAGGUGCUGGUGAAGAGGAUGAAGGAGGAUGACAUUGAAGUGGUCAAAGCCCUCGUCAAGGAAGGCUGUGAGGGCACAGAGAACCGUCUGAUUCUCCACAUCCUCACUCGUCCGCUUUGCCUUUUCAUCCUGGCCAUUUUCUCCUCGGUGCUGCGCUGCCUCGUCCACUCCUUCAUCCUGGCGCUUGCUAUUCCCGUCUUCCUGCUCAUUGUGUUUCUCAAGAUAACCAUGCCACGGUCAACAGGGGUUCUGGGCAGCAGCCUCCCCUACUGGGAUUACGUGGGCAGCAGCUUCAGAGGGCUGCAGGACGAGACACUGCAGAAUCCUUAUUGUCGGACCGGUGGAAAGGCACUUGGGACUAAAAAGCAAAGACGGAGAACUGGAUCCAAAGAGAAGGAAGUGUCAUCAGAGGAGGUCACCGCGGAGAGGGAGCAGGCAGCAGGUCAGGUGUGGGUGGCGGACUGCGAGGGGGAGAUCGUGGGCUGCAUCUUCCGGGAGAGUGAGACGCGACCAGGCGUGAGACGGAUCUGCAGGCUGGUGACGGGCUGCUGGUACCGCAGGGAGGGCCUCGGCCGACUGCUGGUCCAGAGUUUGGAGCAGAAAGAGAGGGAGACGGGCACCCACAGGGUGUACGCACACAUCCCCUACCCAUCCAAAGUGGGGGAAACCUUCUUUAGGAAAGUGGGCUAUCAGCAGCUGGAGGAAGGGACUGAUGAAGAAGACGAAGAUGAGCUGAGGAAGGAGACUCCAGAGAGAGGAUUCCUGGGAUACCCUCUCACUAAGGUUUUUUACAAAGACUUGUAACGGGGUGAUACUCGGGCAGGUCAAACAGAAGGUAAAUGGACUACUUGUAUAGCACCUUUCCAUCUAAUCAAGAUGCUCAAAGGGUUUUACAACACAACCUGUGCCCUCAUUAACCUCCACACGCACAUGCAUACAGCACAUCUACAAUCAUCUCUAUACAUCUCUACAAAACUAAUCUGAAUCUGUAGAGACUA